AUAGCAAUAUAUACGUAUAUAUAUAUGUUAUUUAUCACAAUUAUCUUUUUACGCUAUCUCAGGUGAAUUACUACCACGUUGCAACUCGAGAAGUGUUUGUAACGGCAGUAAUUUUGAAUCUUUGCGCUCUGUUACGAGGCAUAAGGAUAGAAUUUCUACAAAUGCACGAAAUAAUCCGAUGCUGUUUACAUUACGUCCUGCGAGCGCUUCAUGCCACAUCGUAUAACCUCUAGGAUAGCGCGUGACAAGAGUCAAUUCCGAGUGUCUUGUUCGCUUUUGUAGAGAUUUCUCUCGUCUUAUAAAGCGAUAGCAAUGGCUGGGUGUUACGACAAAUUAUCUUGGACAGAAGUACGAGAUUUAUUAAGAACUUGGAGAGAAGAUUCCGAACGACGAAGUAAAGAUGUAGUGGACUUUUGGGAAAAUGUAUUAAUAGGAAAAAUUGACCGUUUAGGCAAUGAAAAAUAUCUAGUUCUGGAACAAGUAUGUGUAGCUGCGUUGGAUUGUUACCGCCUGCCACUUGCUGAAUAUUGCAUUAAAAAUUUAAUGCGUGCAUUUCCUGGAAGCUUGCGUGUUCACAAAUAUCAUGCCAUGCAUUUGGAAGCAUUAGAAAUGUAUGAUGAAGCAAUGGAAGUCUUGGAGUCUAUUAUAAAAAGAGAUGAGACUAAUGCAGCACCAAGAAAACGUCGUGUAGCUAUUUUAAAGGCUCGAGGGCGUAUUCCAGAAGCAAUCAAAGAACUUACAGAAUAUCUGAAAAGAUUUAUGAGUGAUCAAGAAGCAUGGCACGAGUUGUGUGAUCUAUAUUUGCAAGAACAAGAAUAUUCCAAAGCAGCCUAUUGCAUGGAAGAACUUAUAUUGCAUAAUCCACACAGUCAUUUAAUUUACCAAAGAUAUGCAGAAAUAAAAUAUUCUCAGGGUGGAUUUGAUAACAUGGAAUUAGCAAAAGCAUAUUUCUGCCAAGCAGCAAAAUUGAAUCCAAAUAAUAUUAGAGCUCUAUAUGGCUUGUUAUUAACAACAAACAAUAUUGCAACGUCACCAAAAUGCCCUGCAUCUAAGAAGAAGGAAGCAGUGAAACUAAGUGAAUGGGCUAGUAAACAAAUUGAGAAACAAUAUGAAAGUAAAGUUUCAAACGAAGAUGUUAAGAAUAUAGAACGUUUACUAGGACAAUUGCAACUUGAAGCUUAGGUACUGUUUGACAAAUUGUAUAUUUAUUUUAAUUUUGUAACAAAAGUACAUAGCAUAUGUUUAAACAUAUUGCAUAUAACUAUUUCCAAAGAAUCUAUUGAGCACGAGAAAUUUUAGAUACAUUUUUGAGUUCUAUGCAGUUAAAAAAGAAAAUAAUCUGAUCACGAUUGAUGUAUUCAAACAGUAUUAUCUUUUUAUUC